CCUUAUCUGUUUUUCCUGUACGUAUUUAUAUAACGAAUAUAGUUACUUUGUUAAUGUGUUUACUUCCAUUUUUUAUUGAUUGUGUCGUAAUCCCUUUUUUAAAAUUUCCAACUACAGUGACGAUUAUCUGAAAAAAGCCAAAGCUGCCAAUAAGAGUCCAAGGUUUAUAAUUGCAAAGGUUAGAGUUAAUGCGGUUGUAGUUCGUAUGGUUAUUCGGUAAACUGUAGUGCAUGGUCUUAUUAACACAAAUUUUUGUGUCCACACUAUCCAGUAUACCAAAGUAGCUGUGGAAAUAUGGAAUAACAUGUCUGAUGCGGAAAAAGCACCAUUCGUGGACAUGGCGAAAGAAAGAAAAGCCCGCAUUAAAAAGCAUAUUCUGAAGGAAAAAAAGAAAAAUGCGGUGCCGGUAUUUCGCAGUCGGUGCUCGCCGUUGAAAUUGUUCAAAGUAAAUGAGGCAUUGACCAAAGCCCAACAAGAUGCUGUUAAAGGAGUGGGUUUUGGUUCAAUGCUUCAAUUGAAGUGUCGAAUGUUGAACCGUGAUUUUAUAAGUCGGUUAGUUAAGCAUUUCAACCCUGUGACCAAGAGCUUGGAGUUUGGGAGGGUGAGGGUUUAUACAAUCACGCCUGAUGUUGUUCGAAGGGCGCUAGGGCUAUCUUGUGGAACGAUACCAGUUCCGAUGGACUGUCAAGACCCCCACUUUGAACACAUUAGGAAGAUGUUUGGGACAAAAAAAAACCGUUGAAGAGAGGAGUGACAUUUGCGAUGAUGCAACAAGUAUUCAAUGAAAAGAAAGCUGAUGUGAAGUUCCAGACGUCGUACGUGCUGUUUGUGCUUUCUUGUUUCUUGUGUUCAACCACGAAGGAUGUGGCCGCCACAAAAUUUUACCCGGCAGUGCACAAUUUAUUGCAAACUCCAACAUAUGCGUGGGCAGAAUUUGUGCUUGAUUGGUUGGCGAAUGAAAUUGCGAAGUACAAGAAGAGAGUGGCAAGGUUGUUGGUGGUAAGAAGGAUUGCAUUGGCGUUGCUGGUUGUGUGUUACUUCUAAUGCUUAUAUAUUUUGACAAACAGCCAAUGGGUAUGAAGGUUGGAAGUGAAGGUGAACCCCUUAUUCACUCAUGGACGACAAAGUUUAUAAAAGAACGUAUUGCAAAGGAGGAGACGUUGGAGUUGGUAGAUCCAAUUUCUGAUCGAUUCCCUGAGGCUUCUUAUCGGCAUCCGUUCUCAAUUGCUGCCUAUCAUGAUUUGAAGAAAUAUUUCGUUAAGCAAAUGCAACUUAUCGAUGUCAUGGACGGCGCCUUGAUGGGUGAUGUUCCUGAAACAUGCACAAGAAGUCCGUCAAAGAGGAAGGCCUCCACGAAGAGAAAGAAUCGAAAUGAAGAUGAUGUCGAGAUGGGUGAUGUACAUAUGGACGUGGAGGAUUUUCCUUCAACUUCCACUGUCAAUCAGAAGAAGGUUAGGCAUGGGGUUGACGUGGAGGACAUGGAUGGCAGUCGCAUGAGUGGCCUUUUGUUUGCCCAAGAAAUGCCGUUGUACUCUCCAGAUCAUGUCAUGGCGGAUGUUCUACAACAUGCGCAACAUGUGGAGAUACAAGAAAAUAUUGUCCAACUAGAAAAAGAAGAAAGUCACAAACAAGAAGUUGGUACUUGCAGGGACUAUGUUGUUAAAAUAGACGGCGGGAAGAUCCAUUUAUCGCAUGAUAUGUUACACGAAGAGUUCAAACCAACGGGUCAUAUGUCCACUAUGGGUGAUGACGACGAUGACAGAAUGGUUGAUGAAACAAGAAAAGGCAAAGGCCCUAAUCAAAGACGGGGUCCCUCGUCUGACACGACACAUAACAAUUUGUUGAAUUUCGAUAAAGUACAAGAUCAGAAGGUCAUUGAAGAUCCAGUUGAUGCAAAAAUUUUGGGAUACGAUGUCGCAAUGUGCAAUAUGGCAAGUUUUACAGUCUACUUUUUUUGA